AUGGCUCUCGAUCCUCGCGCGGUGCAAACCGCUGUCAUUAUCAGCAUCUUCGCCGGCCUCGGGUCUCUUUUCGUGGCGCUCCGUCUGUGGACGCGCUUCGUGAUCAUCCGCGCUCCGGGCUACGAAGACUACGUUCUCAUUUCUUCUUGGCUCUGCGCUUUUAUGACCGUCGUCACGAUAGGCUUGGAAGUUCAUUAUGGACUGGGAAAUCACGCCGCGGAUCUGUCAACAUACCAAAACGAAAUGCUAUCACUCAAUAUCUACAUUAGCAUAAGCACGUACUGUGCUUCCAUCGGCCUCACCAAGCUUGCCAUCCUCAUGCAGUACCAGCGCGUCUUUCCAACACGCACCUUUCAAAUUUGGAACUUUGCCUUCAUUGCCAUCAUCGUCGGUUAUACAAUCGCUACGGUCGUUGCGUGCGUCUUCGUCUGCUGGCCGGUGCAGAAGUUUUGGAAACCGCAGCUGGAGGGGCAUUGCAUCAACACCUUCGCAUCGUGGUUUUCUAACGCGGUGCUCAAUAUUGUCACCGAUCUGGUGAUUAUCGCCUUGCCUAUGCCGGUCAUCCGGAGCUUAAAGUUGGCGAAAAAGCAGAAGUGGUUGCUGAUGGGCGUUUUUGCUUUUGGCGCCGUCGUCUGCAUCAUCUCCAUCGUCCGCCUUCACUCCCUCAUCACCGUCACACACUCUAGCGACCCCUCCUUCGACAACGCCCCCGUAGCAACAUUCUCCAUCGUCGAAAUCAACGUCGCGCUAAUCUGCGCGAGCCUGCCUACACUUCGCCCGUUGCUCGCGCAAUGGAUCCCCUCGCUUAACUCCAGCUCCCUUCGCGACACGCAUCCUAGCAGCAGUGGCCUCAACAACUCCUCCCAUCGUAAACGGAGCUCCGUGAUGCCAUCAAUCGUUGGCGGGUAUGGCAUGCCGUUGGGUUCGCUCUCGGCGAGGAAUAGGGGCGUGGAGCGGUUAGAUGGGGAGAGCUUUGUGGGUGACGAUGAUAAGAUUAGGGUGGUUACGAGGGUUGAUGUUAGCAUAAGUGCGCAGCGGCAGGAUAGCUGUGCGAAGGAUGGACGGGAGAGCAGUACGGAGAGCCUGUUUAGGAAUUCGAAGCUCGUCGUUUGA